AUGGAAAUAAUCGAGUAUCGUUCGGUGAUUAAGUUCCUCCACAAAAAGGGGAAAACGAAUGUGCAAAUCAAAGCCGACCUGGACGAAGUAUAUGGUGAGGCUGCACCUUCGUUAGCACCAGUAAAAUUUUGGAAAGCUGAAUUUGUUCGUGGGCGUAGGAGUGUUUUUGAUGAUGAGCGUCCUGGGAGGCAAAAUGAAGUCACCACGCCAGAAAUGAUCAACAAAGUCCAUGACAUGAUUAUGGCAGAUCGUCGAAUCAAGCUCCGCGAGUUAGUAGAGGCCCUAAACAUUUCCAACGAACGCGUACACAACAUCAUUCACCACCAUUUGGACAUGAAAAAGCUAUACGCGCGAUGGGUGCCGCGUUUGCUGACAAACGCCCAAAUGAAAAAAACGUGUGACCACUUCGGAGACGCUUUUGGCGAUUAUACGGCGCGAUCCUAUGGAUUUUUUUCGCUGAUUUAUCUUGCCAGCGACUUUUUCCUGUUUCCAAACCUAAAAAAAUGUCUCGGAGGACGCCGUUUCGCAACAAACGAUGAAGUCGCUGAAACUUCGGCCUAUUUUGAAGAGCUCGAGCGAAAGUACUAUUCGGAUGGGAUAAAAAAAUUGGAACAUCGUUUUACUAAGUGUAUAGAGCUAACAGGGGACUAUGUUGAGAAAUAA